AUGUAUGAUACUCAGACCGUUAAUACAAUUCAUGGAUGUAUGAUACUCAGACAGUUAACACAAUUCAUGGAUGUGUGUUACUCAGACCGUUAUCGCAAUUCAUGGAUGUAUAAUGCUGAGAGCGUUAAUUACAAUUCAUGGAUGUAUGAUACUCAGAGCGUUAAUUACAAUUCAUGGAUGUAUAAUGCUGAGAGCGUUAAUUACAAUUCAUGGAUGUAUGAUUUUCAGACCGUUAAUACAAUUCAUGGAUGUAUGAUCUCUCAGACCGUUAACACAAUUCAUGGAUGUGUGUUACUCAGACCGUUAACACAAUUCAUGGAUGUGUAA